AUGGUGCUGACAAAAAGAGACGCAAUCAACAAGAGGAUCACUAGUACAAAUAAGAUCCUGCUCAUAACAGCAACUGGCGUCUUAUUCUUGUUGUUUCCCAUAGUUAUAUCAAUAGUUGACCCCAUACCUAUGGCCGCUAAUUAUUUACUUCGAGUAGCCAAUGGCAGCAUAGUAUAUGAUCUAAUACAGCAUGAGAUGCCAGCAGCUGAGCUCUCCCUGUACUUGUUCAACAUCACCAACGCUGAUAGGUUUCUCUCAGGAGAAGACGAUAAACUGAAGGUGGAAGAGGUUGGACCAUUUGUGUACCAGGAAUAUCGUUGGUACGUAGAUGUGGAGUUGAGUGAGGAUGGCAGGGAGUUGGGAAUGACUCCGAGAGCGAGAAAGGAGUUCAUGCCAGAGGCUUCCAUUGGCCACCCCAAGGAUAUUAUACUCACUGUGCCUAAUCUACCCUUACUUAGUGGAGCAUCCAUCCUAUCCAACUAUCCAAGCUUUAUCCACACUGCCUUCAACAUGGUGGUUGCUCAGUUGGGAGAGAAAGCCUUUAUGCAACUGGAUGUUGAAAAGUACCUCACAGGAUUUGAGAGUCGUGUCAUGAAGAUCUGCAAUAGUUUGGCUCCCGGAAUCAUUUAUUAUGAUGAUUUUGGACUGCUUAACAGGUUUUACGACAAUGAAUCAGAUUACAGAGUAGUUGUGGGAGCCACCAAUGAGGAUAGAUUCAAGAUCAAAUCGGUGAAGAAGUUCAGAAAAAUUCAGUUGGGGAACAUCAAAGAUGUUGAAGUAAGUGAACAAACAUUUGAGGAAGACACAUAUGAAGGUGCACUAUACCCACCGAUGCUGACUCCAGACAUGCCCAUCAACUGGUACCGCCUUGGUAUCUGCAAGACCUUCAACCUUCAGUACUUGGAGACCAGGGGCAUGCAUUAUGGUGGAGAAGCCUUGAUCUACACCAUCAGUAAUGAGACAUUCAGCGCCAGUGUCAACCCCAUCAAUCGGAAACCCUAUCCUAAUGGAGUUCAAGACAUUUCUGAAUGCUAUUUUGGUCUACCAUUUGUGAUAUCCAAAUCACAUUAUCUAGACUGUGACCCCAAGUUGUAUGAGCGGAUUGAGGGGAUCAAACCAAACAGAGAACAACAUAGCACUGAGAUUAUCAUCGACAGGAAACUAAGCGUCAUGUACAACACGAAAAUGUCUAUCCAGCUGACGAUGAUGCUGGAUGACCUCAGCUUCAGCUGGCAGAACAGGAUGCUGUCCCACGCUGUGGUGCCUGUCGUCAACGUCGUAGUGAACCAGCCAAAGCUAACAGAGUGGGUACAAAGCAAGUUGGUGCUGGUCUACCAGGUGGCUCCUUACAUCGUGAUGACUAUUCAAGCAGUAUCAGCCCUGCUAGGUAUACUCCUCGUCGUCCAUGCAGCACGCCUGCAAUACCUCAACUACAUAUCGAAAAAUAGAACUAUAGUAUUCGAAACAGUUGACGAAAAUAUCCUUAAAUCUGAACUGCCACUUAUACCAAAAUGA